GAAGAACGAUUUCAGUGAUGCAAAGAACAGAUGUGCUGAAGCAGAUCAGCGGACUUGCAUUAUAUGUUCUUUUAGACAGACGCUGAAGAAGCAGCAAACAGGAGGAAUUACUUCAGGAUAAACAACUGACAUACUGUAGUGAAGAUGGAGAUUGAGGAAGAACCCUGCACAAUACAAGAGGACGAACCCUUCAUGAUAAAAGAAGAGGAGACCGAGGAACUAAUAGAUGAGGAAGGAUAUACAUUCAGUUCACAGACUGAGGAAGGAUAUACAUUCAGUUCACAGACUGAGCCAACGUUCAGACAGAAAAUGUCCGGGUGUUUCUGCUGCCCCGAGUGUGGGAAGUGUUACAAAUAUAAAGACAGCCUUAGCAGACACAUGAAAGUGCACACCGGAGAAGGCCUGUUCACGUGCAUUUCAUGCGGGAAGAGUUACACCGAGAAAGGAGCGCUGGAAUCGCACAUGAGAUUUCACACGGGGGAGAAACCGUUCGCGUGCACUUUGUGCGGACAGAGCUACACGCGUAAAACAGACCUCAAGAGACACAUGAGGAUUCACAGCGGAGAAAGACCCUACAAAUGUCCUCAGUGUGAGCAGAGCUUCACGUCUAAAAACGUUCUCAAGGAUCAUCUGAGCCGUCACAUCGGAGUGAAGGCGUUCAGCUGCGACCAGUGCGAUAAAACAUUCGUCACGGCGUCGAACUUGAGGAAACAUCUCAAAGUUCACACCGGCGAAAAGCCUCAUUUGUGUACUCUGUGCAAGAAGUGCUUCUCACGACCGGAGCACUUGCAAGUGCACCUGUAUAUCCACACCGGAGUGAAACCGCAUGUGUGUUCAGACUGCGGGAAGAGCUUCAAAACACCCAGCAACUUAAAAUCCCACCAGAAGACGCACAGCGGAGAGAAACCGUUCAAGUGUUCGCACUGUGAGAAGAGUUUCACUUUUCCAGGAAACCUGAAAUAUCACGAGAGAGUUCACACUGGGGAGAAGCCCUAUAAGUGCUCCACGUGUGGGAAGAGCUUCGGUUUUUUGGCCAACGUACGAGCUCAUGAGAAAAAAAACCUGUGCAAAAAGCCAGCGAGUUCAACUCCGAGUGAGCAAAGCACUUCAAACGAAGGCGAAAGUUCUGAAAAACCUGAAAAAUCCGAAAAAUCUCCCUGAAGAGAAGCUGGUUUAUAUAAAGACGAGGUCUUUAUUAUGAAGCCGUCUCUGAAUAAAUAUGUAUGUAGUCUUUGUAUUUAGUUCAGUUUAACAGGCUGAUCGUUUACAUCAGGAUGUUGUAAAUUAGUGCUAAAAUCAUAUUGAAGUAAUUAAACUGGCGAUGCAUUUAGAAGAUGUUCAAAAAGACUUGUCUAGGACGUCUUAAAACAGUACUCUGAGGAAAAAAAA